AUGACGUCCAUUGCAGAGGGUCUUUUCAAAUCCCUUCCAAAGCCGAAAUACACCGGUGAGGAUGAGGAGCUGCCGCAUCACGCGCAGCCCCGUGGUCCGCGGGUUGUGGGCGCGGACCAGAUCGACCAGACUCAGAUUGUACUAAGGAAAACCGGCCCCCCUCCAUAUGGAAACCGUACCGGAUGGCGUCCUCGAGCCCCCGAAGACUUUGGCGACGGUGGCGCGUUCCCCGAGAUCUCGGUCGCGCAGUAUCCGCUCGACAUGGGCCGGAAGGGCUCCGCAUCAACGUCGAAUGCGCUUGCCGUCCAGGUUGAUGCAGAGGGAAAGGUCAAAUACGAUGCGAUUGCGCGGCGGGGCCACAGUGAGAACCGGAUCGUGCAUGCCUCGUUUAAGGAUUUGAUCCCGCUCCGACAGCGGGUGGAUAUGGGUGAAAUAUCGCUAGACCGGCCGUCGGAGGAAGAAGUUGCGGAGCAGAUGGAGAAGACCAAGAAUGCGCUGGCCAAUUUGGUGCAGGGAGCCGUGGCAGCGCAGAAGCCGAAGAACGUGAAGGGUGGUAGCCGGGCGGAGCCGACUUUUGUUCGUUAUACGCCAGCGAACCAGAUGGGUGAUAAUUCUCGGAAGAACGAUCGGAUCAUGAAGAUUGUGGAGAGACAGCAGGAUCCUAUGGAGCCGCCUAAGUUCAAGCACAAGAAGAUCCCUCGUGGACCGCCUUCGCCUCCUCCACCGAUUAUGCAUUCGCCGCCGCGGAAGCUGACGGCCGAAGAUCAGGAGGCUUGGAAGAUUCCCCCUCCCGUGUCGAAUUGGAAGAAUCCCAAGGGUUAUACGGUUCCGCUGGACAAGCGUUUGGCGGCGGAUGGUCGUGGUCUGCAGGAUGUUUCGAUCAACGACAAGUUUGCCCAGUUUGCUGAGGCUUUGUUCACUGCUGAUAGACAUGCUCGUGAGGAGGUUAGACUACGUGCUCAGAUGCAGCAGAAGCUGGCGGAGAAGGAAAAGGCACAGAAGGAGGAUCAUCUGCGGGCGCUCGCGCAGAAGGCCCGCGAGGAGAGAGCUGCCAGCAGCCGUCGCGAUUCCCGCGCUGUUUCUCGCUCCCGUUCUCGCUCCCGCAGCGUCAGCCGCAGUCCGUCUCCGUACUCUGACCGGUCCGGUACUCCUAGUGAUGAUGAAAGGGCUGCCCGGGAGCGUGAGCGCAUGCGUCGCGAGCGCCGUCAGGAAGCUGAGAGGCAGCUCCGCCAGUCGAGGAUGGGCACAGAGAGACGGAUUCAAGCAAUGGCCCGUGAACAGAACCGUGAUAUUUCGGAGAAGGUGGCUCUGGGAUUGGCUAAGCCAACACAAUCCUCUGAGACUAUGUGGGACUCUCGUCUGUUUAACCAGACGAGUGGGAUGGACACCGGAUUUAACGAGGAUAACCCUUACGACAAGCCGUUGUUUGCUGCGCAGGACGCCAUCAACAGCAUUUACCGUCCCCGGGCCCAAGUCGACGCAGACGACGACGAAGGUGGUGCCGAGGGCGAAAUGAGCAGGAUUCAGAAAUCGAGCCGAUUUGAAGUCCUGGGCAAAGCCAAAGAAGGCUUCCGAGGAGCCGCAGAUGCUGAGACUCGUGAUGGCCCUGUUCAAUUCGAGAAAGACACCACCGAUCCCUUUGGCAUUGACACCAUGAUCGCCGACGUCACUGGUGGAGCUGGACAGAAGCGCUACGGAAUUCAGGAGGUCGAUCGUGAAGAUCGUAGCUCGAAGCGCGCCAGAGUCGACGACGACUGA